UCGAGCUACUUGUUGCUCCCGCGACUCAGGCGCUACUUGGACUCUCUCGGCCGAUCGAUAUAUCGCCGGGUUUGUGCGCGUGUUGUUUUUGUUAAAAAAAAAGCUCGUGUGCACAUAGUAAGAAAACAAAAAUCGCGACAUAAAUCGUGCACAAAAAGCCAAGAGGUGGUCUGUCUCCGAGACACAUCGGCAAUAUAUCUAUAGAGCCCUGCAGCAUCUCUCGCUCGUUGUUAGUCGCCGCGUGGAAAACUAUAGCUAAAGUCAACGGUAUACAUAUAUACGAGGGACAACAUUUGCUCGCUACACUCGUGCUUUUCUCGAACAUUGUUGUACAUCGAAGCGGGUCGCGCGCGCGUGUGAAAUCCAAACAUGAUGAGGCGAACUGGAGCCGAAGUUGAAGUACAGAUUUCCGGAUCCCCACCGGAUAAGCCGAAACUUAUGAGUGGAGGGAACUACAUCAAGGAGGGCAGGGACUCGGCCAAGAGCACUUGUCUGAUAUUUUCGCCGCGAGAGGAGGACGAAGUUGGCGCGCUCGGUCGCUAUCUUCAACUUUUUGCCAAACACAAAGUCAAUCUGCUUCACAUCGAGUCCCGAAGCAGUUUACGACAGGCCAAUGGGUACGAGUUCAUGGUCGAGUGCGCACCGGGAGGCGAUCUAGGCCAGGCCGUGGAGGAGCUUCAACAUCAGUGUGGAUAUUUCUCGAUUAUUUCAAGGAACUACCGAGACAACCUUGGCACUGUGCCGUGGUUUCCGCGUCGUAUGCGCGACCUCGACAAGUUCGCCAAUCAGAUCCUGUCCUACGGCUCGGAGCUCGACUCCGAUCACCCGGGCUUCACCGAUCCGGUCUACAGAGCCCGGCGAAAGUACUUCGCCGACAUCGCCUACAAUUACAAAUAUGGCCAACCCAUUCCGAGGGUCGACUACACCGAGGAGGAGACGAAAACCUGGGGCGCCGUGUUUCGAAAAUUGACGGAAUUGUAUCCCAAGUACGCGUGCCGAGAGCACAAUCACGUGUUUCCAUUGUUGAUCGAAAAUUGCGGAUACAAGGAGGAUAAUAUCCCGCAACUCGAGGACAUUUCCAACUUCUUGAAAGAUUGCACGGGUUUCACGCUGCGGCCGGUGGCGGGUCUUCUUUCGUCGCGUGACUUCCUCGCCGGUCUCGCCUUCCGAGUGUUUCACAGCACGCAGUACAUCAGGCACAGCAGCAAGCCCCUGUACACGCCCGAGCCCGACGUCUGCCACGAGGUGCUGGGCCACGUGCCGCUCUUCGCCGAUCCGGCCUUCGCUCAGUUCUCGCAGGUCAUCGGACUGGCGUCGCUCGGCGCACCCGACGAGUACAUCGAGAAGCUCGCCACGUGCUUCUGGUUCACGGUCGAGUUCGGCCUCUGUCGGCAGAACGGCGAGCUCAAAGCCUACGGCGCCGGUCUGUUGUCGUCGUUCGGUGAGCUCGAGUACAGCAUGAGCGGCGAGCCCGAGCUCAGGGCCUUCGAGCCCGCCGUCACGGCCCUGCAGAAGUAUCCGAUUACCGAGUACCAGCCGGUCUACUUCGUGGCCGAGGAUUUCGAGGAUGCCAAGGAAAAAAUGAUAAAAUUCGCAGAAACCAUUCCGCGGAGUUUCGGUGUCAGAUACGAUCCGUACACGCAAUCCAUCAGCAUAAUAGACAGCAAGUAUCAAGUGGAGGAGCUCGUGAAUAAUGUUAAUGUGGAGAUGCAGAUUCUAAUGGACGCUUUGAGAAAAUUGAAAAACUAGCGGCUGCAGCGACUCUUGUGCCUCUCUGUGCGGUUGCGUAAUCCGCUCUUUUUACCUGGUAGUUCAUAAAUUCAUUAUUUUUGUAGUGAGUCUAGAUUGGUAAGAUGCAAAUACUUGAUAAGCGUUUAAUUUUUAGAGUAUAGAGUUAGACUUCGUUCGUCAAAAAUUGAAAGGGAUAAAAUUGUAAAUAAAAUGACUUGUAUAAAAGAUUAUUUAUUAAAAUUUAGGAGUAGGUUGCAGAAUGAAAUAAAAUGUCGUGUCGCAUUUGAAUUUGCAGAAAGCUUUAUAUUCAUGGUAUUCAAAAAAAUAUUCGGCAUUGAAAUUUUCUCGACGUUGAAAAAUAUUUUCAGAAAUAUAAAUCGCUGCAUUUUUUAUUUUUCGUAAUAAAUAUAAUCUUUGGAAUGCUUGAUUUAGGUUAGUGAAUACGUUUUGUUUUUCGUUAUUUUUUUUGCUACAAUAUACAUGUUACGUUCUAUGAUAAAAACGUCGUCGUCAAUUUUUUAUACGAACAUAUAGUCAUCCAUAUUAUUAUUAAAUAAUAAAAUUUAUACAGUUACAAAAUAUA